AUGCCGACCACGCUGGCGGAAGCCUCAUCCCUCCCGGUCAAUCCGGUGACGGCCUAUUUGCGCGAACUGCAGCACUCGAAAACAGGAUUGCCUCAUGGCCAGCUAGUGUGCGUCUCCGCAUCCCCGACGGUCACGACCACAGACGCCUUGCUCCGACUGGCAGCCUCCGUUGGCCCUCACAUUGCCAUCUUUCAGGUUCACGCUGACAUUAUCGAUGACUGGUCGUCAUAUACCGUGCAUGAGCUCACGCUUCUUGCGAAGAAGCACAACUUUCUCCUGUGGGAAGGAGGGAGACUAUUGAACUUCAGCUCCGAUAUUCCUUCAACAUCACAGGCAGAAUCGAGGGAACGGAGGAGAGAAGAUGUGGAUAUGGUACGGAGGAUGUACACCAAAGGUGUUGUGAGCGUCGCAUCCUGGGCAGGUCUAGCAACGUCGUGGGCCUCAGCUGUCCCCGCCCAACAACAGGAUUCUGAUAUCCUGAUCCCUCUGAAGGGACCCCUAACGACGAGCAGGACGGUGAUGAUGCUGGCGUUAUGUACCAUUUGCGCCCGGCGGACGUUGACGUUAACACCAAUCUGGAGCCCCCCUGUCCGCAGAGCAUCUACCAUCUCUCUCACUCGGUCAAUCACUCAACACUCCGAACCAUCAUCGCCCUCAUCGCCCAGGGACACACUACAACCUUCGGAAAACAUCACUGAAAACGGAAUCUACGCAGAUUGGCCCAAUGCUCUCUCUCCUUCGCCCCUGCUAGCUCGGGGCCUAGUACUUUGCUUGCCUUCAGCCACCGACUUCCCUUUCUCUGUCGCGUACAGGGACAGCUGUCUGGCAGCUGCCCGCGCAAACCGUGAUUUUGUGGUUGGUUUCCUUUGCAAUGAGCCAUGGACCCUGGUGUCGCAGAGAUCAGAUGUGCUCGAUGUCAACAGGGCAACAAGUGGUGGAGACAAACGUGAUGGGGAUUCUCCUGCGCAGGAAGAAAGAGAGGAGUCGUUCAUUAUCUUCUCGCCGCUUCAUGCUGACGCGGGUCCACAACCAUCGACAAGAGACGGAAAUCGCUCGUCGUCAGUGGAUUGGGACCGUACUCGUUCUUCAAGUGCCAUGGAUACCAUUGAUGAAUCAUCAGCCUCAACACAGCCCAACGGCCUCAGCGCCCAAGCGAAAGUGCUGCAUGCGACCAUUUCUCGAGCCAUUGAAUCCAGAGAUUCUGGACGAAACAUGGAACCCGUCAGAGAAGGAACAAGCCCCGCAGGUCAUGGUCUCCUGCACAUACCCAUUGUCACCCUUGGAUUAUGA